AUGACCUGCUUUACGGCAAAAGGAACAAACGGGCUUGUGACGUGGAGUAGGUCCAUAUCCUGCUGCUCACCCGCGCCGUGGAGGAGAUGGAGUGAGUGGGGGCAGAGGGGAUGGGUGGGGAGAGGGUUGGGGAGAGGGGUGGGGGGAGGGAGUGAGUUGGGGGGAAGGCAGCAGUUGGCGGUUGCAGCAUCGCUCACCCGCGCCGUCGAGGAGAUGGAGAGAGUGGGGGGAGGGGUGGGGGCAUGGAGCGAGUGGGGAAAAGUGGAGGUGGCGCAGGCACUGCAGGAGAACGCUUUCAACCCCAACAGCCAACAUUCUCCCACUAUCCUCCCCCACCAUCCACCCCAUCAAUGCAGGGAGGCGGAGCAGGCGCUACAGGAGAGCCCUUGGUGGGCCCCAUGCCGCCCGCCCUCGCUGCAGAGGCGCUUUCAACCCCAGCAGCCAACACCGUACCCAAUAUCCUCCCCGUCUCCCCAUCGUCCCCCCAUCGUCCCCCCAUCAUCCCCCCAUCGUCCCCCCAUCGCCCCCCCAUCCACUGCCCCCCAUCCUCCUCCCCAUUGUCCCUGCAUCCACCCCCCAUCGUCCUCCCCAUUGUCCUUGCAUCCUCCCCCAUUGUCCUCCCCAUUGUCCCUGCAUCCUCCCCCCAUGGUCUCCCGCCCCUCCCCCAAUCACUGCAGAGAGGCGGAGCAGGCACUACAGGAGAGCCCCAUUUGUGGGCCCCAUGCCGCCUGCCCUCGCUGCAGAGGCGCUUCAUUCCCCUUCAACAUUAUAUUGAUCACCCCAAUCCCUCACCAUCCACCCUAUCACUGCAGGGAGGCGGAGCAGGCGCUACAAGAAAGCCCCUUUGUGGGCCCCAUGCCCCCCGCCCUGGCUGCUGAGGCCGAGCAGGCGCUACAAGAGAGCCCUUUCGUGGGCCCCAUGCCACCCGUCCUUGCUGCAGAGGCUGCCAACGCCACCCAGGCGGAGAAAUACGAGGAGGAAGCCCCGCCUGAGCACGGAUCCAACAUGGGGGUGACUGUUGUUGCUGCUGCUGCUGUUGUUGCUGCUGCUGCUGCUGCUGCUGCUGUGGUGGAUUGCAUGCAUGCCUCCCCUCCUCCUCUGACCCUCAUGCCCGUUUGUCCCCUUUCCCAGGGGAAGCGGGUUCUGGACCCCGAGCUGACCGCGUGUGCCGUCGUGGGGGUCACUGCUGGCUGCUUCUACUGCGCGUUGCGUUCCUGCCUGCCCUCCAUCAUAUUAGCCCUCCUUCUCUCCCCUCAGGUGGAGCGCAUCUUGGACCCGGAGCUUACUGCUUACGCCAUUGUGGGGGUGGAGCGCAUCCUGGACCCGGAGUUGACCGCGUACGCCAUCGUGGUGGUGACUGCUGCUGCCGCUCCAUGCACUGCUGGUGUGCACUCCAUCACUUCAAUCGUGUCCUCCCCUCCUACUACUCUCGUGCCCCCUUCCCCCCCUCCCCCCUCUCAGGUGGAGCGCAUUCUGGACCCGGAGCUCACGGCGUACGCCAUUAUGGGGGUCACGGCUGCUGCUGGCGACGGCGAGAUCAAGAAGCGCUACUGGAAAGCAUCGCUGCUGGUGCAUCCGGACAAGUGCAGCCACCCGCACGCGCAGGAGGCGUUUCUGAGGCUCAACGAUGUAGUGAAUCGACUCAAGGACCCCGCCAAGGCGUGUGUGUUCCUGAGGCUCAACGAUGCAGGGAAUCGACUCAAGGACCCCAGUAAGGGUGCUUCCGCGGCUCAACAAUGCAGUGAAUCGACUCAAGGACCCCUCCAGGGCGCGCUGCUCUUGAACACCCCGCCCGACCCUUGA